AUGGCGAAAAUUGAGGUACAAAUUAGAAAUUGCUUUUGCUGUGGUUUAUCAUUGGCUACCGUCCUUAUUGCAUUUUAUACAUUGUUCCUAUAUUCAUUACUAACUGGAUUGGCUAGUUGGGGUUUAUCAGAUACAUCAGCUAAUGGUGAUUCAUCACAUUAUACAAAUUGCAAAUUGGAAGCUUUGGGUGAAGUACGACCAGAUAAUCAUAAGCUAACAUUUCAACAAGGCACAACAACAGUUAUCAUCGAAGAUUCCAGCUCAUAUCAUUGCUCAUUUGGUCUUUAUACCGAAGAAUUAAUCUUUCCUUAUACCUGGAGAAGAUCAAUACUUGUAAUUGAUAUCAUAUUAUAUGUAUUAAUUAUAAUUGCCAGUAUACUAUUGCUAAUUGGUUUAGCAUCAUAUGUGGAAUGGUUAUUAUUACCAUGGAUUUUUUUGAUGAUCCUUGAUAUUAUCAGGGGAUUAAUUACUGUUUUUUUCAUCUUCUUCUUUUCUCACUGGAAUUUAGUACGCAUUGCAACUGGAAUAUUUUUCCUUGGAUUGCAAUUCUUUCAUAUAUCAUUAGUUAUGAUAAUGAUAGCAAAAUUUCAACGUAUGCAUAAUCGGAAUGUUGGUAAUAUUAUUGACGGUGAUAAGCAGUAUGAUGGACGAACCGUUUAUCCAACGUUACCGUCAAAUUACGCCUAUUCACCACAAAUGAGAAGAGAUCAAAUUUAUUAUUCCGAUCAGCGUGAUCCACGAGCUUAUGAUACGAUGUAUAGGCAACAACAAGUUCGAUGA